AUGAGUGGCCAUCAAGAUGUACGUGCCAAAGCCAUUCAACAAUUAUGGGACAGAGGAAUCCAAACUGCAAAAGAAAUACAAAGACGAACGGUAUUAGUUACCGAAAUCGUAGUGGUCGCCCUCGAAAAAUCUCUUCCCGAAGCUCAAGUUUUUAGUCAAACAAGUCUCGCACGUAACCGUUUGGAAGAGCUUGGCUAUUCGAGCAGAG